AUGUUCUUAUUCAACUCGCGUAAUUCUCAUUGUCUCGUUUUUUUUUUUUUUUUCUUCUUUUUGGUUUUUUCUGCUCUUGUUGAAAUUCAGAUUGGAUCGAUGCAACGUGAUUCGGACGAUGACGAAGGUAGUAAAAUUUGUCAAAUGGAGUAUCAAGUUACGAAGAAAAUGCCAGGGAAGUGUUUCAAACUAAGUCGUGGAAUAACCGGUUGUGUCUCCGGCGAUUACGUGAACCCAUUCCACCCUGAUUGCUUCUAA